AUGAUAGCAUCCAGUGCCUGCGUUGGACGUCACAAGCGAGGAGGGUAUCCAGGUGGUGGUGAGAAAAUUCUCGAAAAGGAAGGCAGGAUCGAUAUCAUUGUAAACAACGCUGGUGUAGUGUCAUCUGCCCCUCUCAUUGACGUUCCGAUGGAGCUAGUGCUCAACACAUUUAAUACGAAUGCGUUCUCCGUCUUGCGAGUGGCGAGAGUGGUCAUCCCUCACAUGGCCGAGCGCAGAAGUGGGACCAUCGUGAACAUAUCUCCGAUCGUGGGCGAGACGCCGAUGCCUUGGAGUGGCAUAUAUGCCUCCUCCAAGACAUGUGUCACGACACUCUCGGAAGUCCUUUACAUGGAAUGCAUGCCCUUCAAUAUCUCUCAUGCUAGUCACCCCUGGUGGGGUCAAGACCAACAUCUCGGCGACGAUGAUGAAGACCUUCAGCUUGCCCCUGGGGACCCUUAA